UGAAGUACUUUUCGUUAUUGCCACGUGUUACCUAGAGGAUCUUAUCACUCCUCCAACAAGCAGAUAGAAAUCAAUUAGAGUGUCUGCCACUAUCUAGAGCAAUGUUCUGUGUCUUAUCGAUACAGAUGAUCGUCAUUUCAAUUUUUCUCCUCUUUCGAUUGACGGAUUGGCUCCACACAAAAAACGGUUUCCGACAGGCUAGUAGUUCUUCCACCAAGUUCGUUACAAUUGACAUACACUUGUGGUAGGAUGGAGCUUAAUAUUUAAAUAAAAUAAAAUCAUUUUUGCAUUUCAGACCAAUUGGUGUGUUUUUUUGAAAUGCUGUCUGGAGCAGAGUUUGUGCUUUCACCCAUUGGCGUGACAAAAAUAGUAUCAUUGCUAUGCAUGGUCAUUGCCGGGAUGAUUUUCAUCACUGCCGGCGAUUGCAGCGAAUCAAAAGUUUGGGCGGCCACUUAUAUCACGGUUACCACCGGAAGCGCUGUAUUCACGAUGGUUUCCUACUCCUGCUACGCAUUGGAUUUAGUAAAGUCUGAAACGAGCCUAAAAACACAACACAUCACGGUGUUGGCGAUAUCUUACGUCGUUUUCUUUAUCUUGCUCAUCGUUUCCGUUAUUACAAUGACUCAAUGCUCACAUUCGCUGCAGGCCAUUCAAAAAGUUCCUGAACCUCUUACCAUAGUGGCCGCCGUGCUUUUGGCCCUCUGUGGCACGGUUUUAUUUCUUCGCUGGCGUGCAACUGUGCAACCGGAAGAUCCCCAAGAACUGACCAACACCGAAAGACGCAGGACCGAGAGUCAAUUCGAAGACCAUCAAAUAACCCUCCCGCGGAAGUCAGUCAUGGUGUAACUCUUUAUAUUUAAUAAGUAAAUUUGUAUUUAACAUCAGCUCAAAUCAAGAACAAUGGCUUCAUCGCGCACCACCUAAAA